CGAGUUUCGUCGGCAUUUCCCAUCUUUAGCGGUCCAUGGACUUUACCUGGACGAUGCAAGCGAUCACGAACCGUAUUCUCCGCAGCGCCGUAGAAACCUUCAUGUUGAACGGCUCCCGCGCUCGACUCGGGUACGUCAACUCUGUCGUCGCUGCCGGCGGAUACCAGUGGUCGUACUUGGAGAAGCAUGCUCGCAGCGAACAUGACGACGGCGAAAGAGGCGUUGUGGAUGCUUCGACCCAACCUGUGGUGGUGUUUGUGCACGGGUUUUCGUCGGAGAAGGACUCGUGGAUGAGCGUCGCCAAGCAUGUGCCGUCGUCAGCCCGAGUGCUCAUCCCGGACCUCCCAGGACACGGCAUGACAUCUCCAAUGCUACCCUCGGGAGACUACCGCGCCAUGGCGCAAGUGCGCAACUUGAAAUCGUUCCUAGACGCGACGGUCGGCCCCGACACGCCCGUGCAUCUCGUCGGGUGCUCCAUGGGCGGGUUGAUCUCGGGGGUGUUUGCUGCCACGUACCCACAUCGGUUGCACAGCUUGACGCUGAUCUGUCCUGCCGGUGUGUCCAUGCCGCGUAAGAGUCCCGUGCUCAAGCUGUACGAGGACGACGGCGUCAACGCCAUGCGCGGCGGCACCGUGGACGAGCUCACCGACAUGUUCCAGUACAUCGCAUAUCGUCCGCCGGGCACGGCCAUGGAGAAACCCACGGGCAUGCGACGGAUGCUCCUCAGUGUAUUUGCCAACUACCGGGUAAAAACCCUAUUGGCCAUCUAAUACCCUUUUACCCACCCUUGAUUUAUAUACCCUUUUACCUAUCCUUACGUUUUUCGAUCAAUCAGGCGGAGCGGAUGCCCGUGAUGGACAAGGUGUUGGCCGAUAUGAUGGCCGACCAAACCGCGCUGGAGAGCCAACUCCACAAGAUACAGGCCAAGACGGUGGUGCUGUGGGGACAGAACGACCAGAUCCUGGACGUGUCAUGUCUCGAGAGAAUGGACGCCCUCAACGCGGAGAAGGUCGUGAUCCCGCUCUGCGGACACAUCGUGCAGCAGUCGUACCCUGACAUUUGCGCCGCCUACAUCAAUCGGUUCCUAGAGGACACACCGGUAGAAGCCACAGCUGCCAUGGCGCUGGCCUAACUUAAUACAUGAAGAGCUUGUCCAUCGUUCUGCCCGCCUAAAUCCAC